AUGGAGACCUUGACGAAGAUGUCGAGAUGCCUCCUGCGACAAACCGCAAUUUAUCGACAAUGUCGUUGGUUUUUACAGAAAUCAUCAUACAGUGUUGUGGCAGGGAGUGCGGGACACACCCUGAGUGUGAGGAAAAAGGUUGACGAUCUCAGGGAGAAGGCGUUACAGGGAGGCGGCGCCAAGAGGAUCGAGAAGCAACAUGAAAAGGGAAAGCUGACUGCAAGAGAGAGAAUACAGCUACUGAUGGACCCAAACUCAUUCAUCGAAUAUGACAUGUUUCUGGAACAUAACUGUACAGACUUUGGAAUGGAAAAGGAAAAGUACCCAGGGGACAGCGUGGUAACAGGACGGGGCACAAUCAAUGGCAGGACCUGUUUCAUCUUCAGUCAGGAUUUUACAGUUUUCGGAGGUAGCUUGUCCGGAGCUCAUGCUAAGAAAAUCUGCAAGGUAAUGGAUCAGGCUAUGCUGGUGGGUGCCCCUGUGAUUGGCCUUAACGACUCUGGUGGAGCCAGGAUACAGGAAGGAGUCGAAUCUCUUGCUGGAUAUGCAGAUAUUUUCCAAAGAAAUGUGAAUGCCUCCGGAGUGAUUCCACAGAUAUCACUAAUCAUGGGCCCCUGUGCAGGUGGUGCAGUGUACUCUCCAGCACUUACAGAUUUCACAUUCAUGGUUAAAGACACAUCAUAUCUGUUCAUUACCGGUCCAGAUGUUGUCAAGUCUGUGACAGGAGAGGAAGUUACACAGGAGGAGUUGGGUGGGGCGAAAACACACACCAGUGUUUCAGGUGUUGCCCACUGUGCCUUUGAGAAUGAUGUGGAUGCCCUGCUCCAGCUGAGAGAGUUCUAUAAUUAUCUCCCCUUGAGUAACGCCGAUCAGGCCCCAAUAAGAGAAUGUACAGAUCCCUGGGAUAAGGAUGUUCCGGGGCUUGACACAGUUAUCCCCCUUGAGACAACCACAGCCUAUGAUAUCAAAGAUGUAAUACUUGGUAUUGCAGAUGAUGCUCAAUUCUUUGAGAUAAUGCCAAAUUAUGCCAAGAACAUUGUAGUAGGCUUUGCCCGUAUGAACGGACAGACUGUGGGAAUGGUUGGAAAUCAACCAAAAGUGGCAGCAGGGUGUCUGGACAUCAAUGCCUCAGUUAAGGGAGCAAGAUUUGUGAGAUUUUGUGAUUCCUUCAACAUUCCCGUGAUCACAUUUGUCGACGUUCCGGGUUUUCUACCAGGUACCUCUCAGGAGUACGGAGGAAUUAUCCGACAUGGUGCUAAGUUGUUGUACGCAUAUGCGGAGGCCACUGUUCCCAAGAUUACUGUGAUAACAAGGAAGGCCUACGGUGGAGCCUAUGAUGUGAUGAGCUCAAAACAUCUACGUGGUGACACAAAUUACGCCUGGCCAACUGCUGAGGUGGCAGUGAUGGGGGCCAAGGGAGCGGUGUCCAUCAUUUUCCGAGGAAAAGACCAGGAGAAGAAUGAAGCAGAAUAUGUAGAAAAGUUUGCGAACCCUUUCCCCGCAUCAGUUCGCGGUUUUGUCGAUGACAUCAUUGAGCCUAGAACAACACGGAGAAGACUUUGUCAAGAUUUACAAGUAUUAGCGAACAAAAAAUUAUCAAAUCCUUGGAAAAAACAUGCCAACAUGCCUCUCUAGGGAUUCUUUGUUUCACCAGGGUGUUUCCACAUGAGAUUAAUGUAUGUUGUUGUUUCAUGACAGCUACUUUCUUGACCUAUGGUGAGAUCAGGCAACAUACUCCAUUGUCACAUUAACCCGUUUAGCAGGCUGUGAUGUAGUUAUUAAGUCAAAGUUGACAUCUGUAACAAACUCAGGUGAGAAUCACUUUAACUUUACAGAUAAAAAAUACAUCUUAUGUACACCUGUCCAAUUUAGAUCCAUGCUAGAAUAUUCAUUUGAUUGAGUGAUGUGAAAUGAUGGUUAACGAAGUUUGUGUACUCAACGUUGCUUCUCAGCAACUUAGUCUAACUUAUUUGGGAUGACAUGUAUUUAUGAGUCUCCGUUUUAUUUUACAUUUGUAGACGGUGUAGAUUUCAGUUUUGAAAAACUGUCAACAAAAUUCUGUCAUAUUGGGAAAUAUUCAUUUUAGAAGAAUUUGUUCAUAUUUAAGAUAUAUGAUUUACAUGAUAAAUAGAAUCUUAUACUCUUGCCUAUUUAAUAUGGGCUUCAUUAAGCUGAUUGAAUAAUUUCAUAUAUGUCAUACGCUUAUAGGGUUGUGACAUGUAAAAUGAUUAAAUUUGUUGGAUUGAUUCUGUGUUACAUCGACAGGAGUGUAAGAUUUAAGCUCUAUAUUUUCAUCAUUACAAUAUUUACAAAUCAAGUGGAAAAUCAGAAAUCAAGAAGAUCUUAUUUUCAUGAAUUACAUCAUCAAUCUGUAGAGUAAUCUUACUGUGUUGAUUGUACUGGUCAAGUGGGUUUUUGAUAGAAAACAAAUAAUAAAAUUUGAGUGUCAAUAAUUUAAAAAA